AUGCGUUUUCAAAGUUCUAUGAAGGCGAAAACAGAACUAUCCCUUGCUCUGCAAUCACUUUCGGAGAAAGCUCGUACCGGCACAGAAUACAUUCAACGUUUGCGUUCCAAAACGGAGAUGGUUAAUCGAAAGGUUUUGGACUCCGAAACUAUGAUCAAAUCGCAGAUUAACGAGUUAAUCAAGGCCUUGGAGACAAAAAUGUCUGAACUUACCACUCGGCUACGCGAGCACCGAGAGUCAAAGCUGCUUGAUCUGAAGGCACAAACAUCCCAUGUGACAGAUUUACUAUCCCGUUCCACUGGACUGAUACAGUUUUGCAUCGAAAUGCUGAAAGAAAGGGAUCCGUCCUCAUUCAUCCUGGCAAGUUUGCAUUGUACAUUAGUAUACUGUGUAUCUCAGCCUCUCAUUGCAAGAGCACAAGAAGCGGAGCAACUUUUUCUACAGGAACUGGAUGGAGCUUCCGCCUACUUGGACUCUGUAGACACGUUGUUAAAUACAUUAACAGAUGAUUCCAAAAAGGUGCCAUUUAAUGAAGCAAAUCUUGGAGACAAUUAUGAGGACAUCCGCACAGGAGAUGCAAUCCAUGGAUUGGCACUGAAAAAUAAUUCUGUGGUUGCGGUAAAAUGCGCAAUAGAACAGCUCUCACUUCAGGCAGAACAAAGUGGGUUUACUACACUUACUAAAUGUUCCAGUUUAUAA